GCGAGGAACGCCGAUCAUUAAUCGAAUCGAGAUAACACACUAAGACGAUCCCCCGCAGCAUUCUCGCCGUUUUCUGCUGUUCGCUGGCCGCCCAUCUCAGCUGGUCGAGUUGGACUUCUUGACCGUGAGCCGCGGAGGAACUAUAUAAUUGAAUCUGGUGCAUGACCUUACCCCUGUACAAUGGCUGAUUCAUCAUCUGAUUCGUCAUUUUUUGAUCGUAUGAUCAGCCAGCUUCGUACAACAUGCAAGUAUUAUACUGGCUAUCCAAAGGACCUUGGACCAUCAAGGGUUAUUCAUUUUACCUCAGAGCGUCAGUUUAUCAAGCUCCUUCAGGAAGAUUCUCCUGUCGUUGUUGCAUUUACUAUCAGGGGUAACUACACGAAACAUCUUGACAAGGUAUUGGAGGAAGCUGCUGCUGAGUUUUAUCCAAGUGUUAAAUUUAUGCGCGUUGAGUGUCCAAAAUAUCCUGGGUUUUGCAUAACACGACAGAGAAAGGAGUAUCCGUUUAUUGAAAUAUAUCACAGCCCGGAGAAGGCAGCGAACCAGGGAAGGAUGGCUGAUCCAAAUAUUAUUAAAUACAACGUGAUGGUCUUACCUUUUAAUUACGACCUCAGUGUCUAUGGAUUUAGAGAGUAUUUUAAGCGCCAUGGAAUACAGGCAUCAAGCCCCAAGUAAAGAUAAUGCGAAAGGUUUGAAUUUAACACAACCAUUAAUUAAUGGAAUAAUAUGUGCAUACUUGCAUAUUCUGUGUUUGAUCCUGUGAAGGAUUUGCCUGCUUUAUUUUCUCUUCUGUAUUUAGGAAUGUAGUAAACUCACGC